AUGCCGCCGCCCGCAGGGAAGUGCUCGAGUGAGCAGGUGGGGAAGAGCGCGUCAGGAAGCGGGCCUCGUGAGGAGCGCGCCAAGCGGGUGCCCGCGACCAAGCCAGGCUGGACCCUGACGCUGGAGGGGCUGGCCGCCAUGAGCCCCACGCAGCGACACCGCCACCUGCUUUUCGGUGACCUGCUCAAGGACGUGGGUGCAGCCGCCUCCAUCUUUCCGCGCGAGUCGGUAGAGCUGGAGUACCUCGUGCCCGACCCCCGCACCUGGACGCAGUGCGAGCUACCCACCGAGCGCUGGAACCGGCUGCUGGGCGUCCUCAAGGCCGCGGAGGCUCGCGGGCGAGUCCGCGCCCUGCGACUGCGCUACACCCGAAUGCGGGCAGAGGAAAUUGCGCUCCUGAUCCAGCGGCAGGGCUCAGCGCGCGCCGCCAUCAGACUGGAGACAUUCCUGCCGCCACAGCUGAAACCCACACGGAUUCCGGAUCCCCUGGAUCGACAAGAGCGGAGGCGUGUGGAGACCAUUCUGGAGGAGGCGGUGGAUGGCAGCAUCUUCCCACGGUGACAGUGACCCAAGUGUGUCCCCACACCCUCUCCUUACAUAAAGUUCUUCUCUGAGGGCUCUCUGGUCUUUCUGGACCCCCACAGGGAAGGGGCGAAUAUAAAUGCUGUCUCUCCCCAACAUUUGCAGUUAGACAUCAUGGUAUAGGAGUGGGCCCCCCACAACAAGUAAGAUGUGAGUUGGCAGGAGUCAAAGUAAGGGAAUAUUCAGAUCCCCCAAUCCCAGCCUGCCCCCAUCAGGCAACCAGUGCCACGGUGGCAGACAUGAGAGGCCCCCAGACUGGAGGGCAAGAGAAAGAGCCUGUCUCAACACCAGCACCCCAUCAACCAGGGCUGCCUUCAGUGCUGGUCACCCCAUGGAGGGUUGCAUUCUGCAAGGGUGAGUGACCACAAACCAGAGCCAGCCAUGCCCAGAGCCUGUGGAAGAUACCCCCAGGGCGUCCUACCUUCUGGAACAGAAAAUCUACCCUCCAGCCUUCUCUCACCCUGAACAGUACCCCCACACACACCCUGCUUCCUUCCCCCAGACCCCCCACACACACACACACACACCAAGCACAGUAAGGAAACCACCCCAGCCCAUUUUGACAAACAAGCCCAAGUCCUAUAAGACCUCUGCCCAGUUUCUGGACAGCUCUUACUUGUAUCCUUGAUGGGUUCUGCAGAACCUGGGGCUCCUCUUGGUCUCCUCUCCCCUGUCCCUCCUGCCCAGAGGACUACACAGAGUUGGGAGCUAUAAGGAACCAGAAGAUACCAGGGGGCUCCCACUGGCUCUGCCUGGAGCAGAGAACAGAUCUGGAGGGAAGGCAGAGGUCAGAGCUAAGGUUCUGCAAGGAAUUCUGCUCACUGGCAGUCAAUCCCUAGCCCCACGGGGACCUGUGUCCAAUAUCCCCUCAGCACCUUAUCCUUCACCUAUUCUGGGUCUUUGCUGCCCUGGGCCUCGACCCAUGCCCACAUUCUGCAGAGCUCACAAGUCAGCAGGCCUCCUAGGAAGAGCAAAGAGAAGGGGGAGGAGUCAGGCAGGAGGAAGGACAAGGGGGAGCAGGGAGAUGGUGGGCUUGGGCAGGGGCAAAUAAAUAGGGACAUGGCCUCAGAAGACAAUCUGUGUCCCGGGACGACAGCCAGCCCUGGGAUCCUCCAGUCAAGCUCCCUGCAGUUUGU